GAGGGAAGGAAGGGGGGCCGGAGUGUCCCGGGCGCAGGGCGCGCGUGCGGCGGCGGCGGCGGCGGGGAGGGGCCGGCCGCGCCGCGCUCCCCUCCUCCCUCCUCGCAUCCCCGGCCCCGCGCGCGCCCAGCAGAAGCGGGUCUGUGUGUGCGUGCGUGCGAGUGAGUGAGUGUGUGCAUAUUUUUUUCUCUCUUUUCUUUCUCUCUCACUGUUUUUUCUCUCUCUCGCUCCCUCUCUCUCGCUUUUUUUUUUUUUUUUUUUUUUUUUUUUUUGCAAAGAAACAGCAGCGCCGCCGCCGCUCCGCCGAGGCGCUGCGCCCCCCGGGGGGGGAGGCGGAGGAGGCGGGCAGCGGCGGAGGGAGGGGAGCCGGAGAGGGGGGCGCCGCGCUGGGAGGGAGGCAGCGCGCACGGUGCAGCCGGGCCGGGCGGGAGGCAUGGCGGGGCCCCCGGCCCUACCCCCGCCGGAGACGGCGGCGGCCGCCACCACGGCGGCCGCUGCCUCGUCGUCCGCCGCUUCCCCGCACUACCAAGAGUGGAUCCUGGACACCAUCGACUCGCUGCGCUCGCGCAAGGCGCGGCCGGACCUGGAGCGCAUCUGCCGGAUGGUGCGGCGGCGGCACGGCCCGGAGCCGGAGCGCACGCGCGCCGAGCUCGAGAAACUGAUCCAGCAGCGCGCCGUGCUCCGGGUCAGCUACAAGGGGAGCAUCUCGUACCGCAACGCGGCGCGCGUCCAGCCGCCCCGGCGCGGAGCCACCCCGCCGGCCCCGCCGCGCGCCCCCCGCGGGGGCCCAGCCCGGCCCGUGAGCCUGCGGGAAGUCGUGCGCUACCUCGGGGGCAGCGGCGGCGCCGGCGGUCGCCUGACCCGCGGCCGCGUGCAGGGGUUGCUGGAGGAAGAGGCGGCAGCGCGGGGCCGCCUGGAGCGCACCCGCCUCGGAGCGCUCGCGCUGCCCCGCGGGGACAGGCCCGGACGGGCGCCGCCGGCCGCCAGCGCCCGCGCGUCGCGGAGCAAGAGAGGUGGAGAAGAGCGGGUGCUUGAGAAGGAAGAAGAGGAAGAUGAUGAUGAAGAUGAAGAUGAUGAAGACGAUGUGUCAGAGGGAUCGGAAGUGCCGGAGGGUGACCGUCCAGCAGGUGCCCAGCACCACCAGCUUAAUGGCGAGCGAGGCCCUCAGAGUGCCAAGGAGAGGGUCAAGGAGUGGACACCCUGUGGACCCCUCCAGGGCCAGGAUGAGGGCCGGGGGCCAGCACCAGGCAGUGGUACCCGCCAAGUGUUCUCCAUGGCAGCCAUGAAUAAGGAAGGGGGAUCAGCCUCUGCUGCCACUGGGCCAGACUCCCCGUCCCCUGUGCCUUUGCCCCCAGGAAAACCAGCCCUCCCUGGGGCUGAUGGGACCCCCUUUGGCUGUCCUUCUGGGCGCAAAGAGAAGCCGGCUGACCCUGUGGAGUGGACAGUGAUGGACGUGGUCGAGUACUUCACUGAGGCCGGCUUCCCCGAGCAGGCAACAGCUUUCCAAGAGCAGGAAAUCGAUGGCAAGUCUUUGCUGCUCAUGCAGCGCACAGAUGUGCUGACUGGCCUGUCCAUCCGCCUGGGCCCAGCCCUGAAAAUCUACGAGCACCACAUCAAGGUGCUGCAACAAGGCCACUUUGAGGAUGACGACCCCGAUGGCUUUCUAGGCUGAGCACCCAGCCUCUCCCCUGCCCCAACCCAUUCCAGCCCCCAUCUCACCCGAAACCCCCAGAGUCCAGGAGCUGGAUGGGGACGCUCUCAGCCCUCCUAACAGAUUCCAGUGAGGGGGUGUUCCUCCCUACUCCUCUCUUCCCUGUGUUUCCCCAGCAUACAUACAUUUGGCCCCCAGCACAUCCUGUACUCCAUGAUAGAGGAGUGUGGGGUGAGAACAGGGCCUGCUCAUUUCACCCCAGGAAGCCAACCUCCCCCCCGCCCCCAAGUCUAGGACAUUUUUGAAAAAAAAAAAAAAAAAAUGGGGGCUUCCCAUCUCCCCUAGGUCCUCUUCAGUUCAGCCAGAUGUUUCCUAUAUAAAUGUUUUGUUCUGCCUGUUCAUUUUGGUGGGUGGCCUUUCCUCUCUCCCCCACCACCCACGCCCCAUCCCGGUCUGCCCCUGGCCUCCAGCCCCUUGGAAUAGCCGGGGUGGGGUCCCUGGGUCUUCCCUAACCCUCUUUCUUUCUGUUGGUUGUCGCUCCAGCUGGCCGUAUUGCUUUUUAAUAUUGCACCGAAGGUUUUUUAAAUAAAGUUUUAAAAAAAAAA